UGAGACGUCCAGUCCUGAAAAAGGGCAUGGGCGAGCGAAGACGCGGCGGGUUUCAACUUUCACCUCGUCGGUUUUCUAGAGUGACGGACCCCACCAUGGAAAAGACAGUGGAAAAUCCCCCCACAUCAGCUGUCUUGCUGGAUCAUUGUCAUUUCUCUCAAGUCAUCUUUAAUAGUGUGGAGAAGUUCUACGUCCCUGGAGGGGAUGUCACAUGCUAUUACACCUUCACCCAGCAUUUCAUCCCCCGUCGAAAGGAUUGGAUCGGCAUCUUUAGAGUGGGAUGGAAGACAACCCGUGAGUAUUACACCUUCAUGUGGGUUGCUUUGCCCAGUGACCUAAAAAUGGAAUUAGCCAAACAGCAGGAAGUCCAAUUCAAAGCUUAUUACCUGCCCAAGGAUGAUGAGUAUUACCAAUUCUGCUAUGUGGAUCAGGAUGGUGUGGUUCGGGGAGCAAGUACCCCUUUCCAAUUCCGCCCAGAAAGUGAAGAGGACAUCCUGGUCGUUACCACGAAGGGAAAGGUGGAAGAAAUUGAGCAACACAAUAAGGAGCUUUGCAAAGAAAACCAGGAGCUGAAGGACAGCUGUGCCAGCCUCCAGAAGCAGAACUCAGACUUGCAGGCUGAGCUCCAAAGGAAACAGGAGGAGUUAGAAACCCUACAGAGCAUCAAUGAUAAGUUAGAACAGAAAGUGGAAGAGCAGAAGACCUGUUGGGAGACUGAGCUGCUUCAACUGAAAGAACACAACCAGAAGGUAUCUUCAGAGAAUGAGAAGAUGGAAAUCAGAGUGGAUCAGCUUCAGGCCCAGCUGUCAACACAAGGGAAAGAAAUGGAGAAGCUUGUUCAAGGAGAUCAAGAUAAGACAGAGCAGUUGCAACAUCUGAAAAAUGAAAAUGGCCAACUCUUUCUCAGUUUAACUGAACAGCGAGAGCACCAGAAGAAGCUUGAGCAGACAGUGGAGCAGAUGAAGCAAAAAGAAAUGACUGCAAUGAAGAAACAACAGGAGUUAAUGGAUGAGAACUUUGACCUGUCAAGAAGACUAAGUGAGAACAAGAUUAUAUGUGAUGUUAUGCAGAAAGAGAAAGAAAGAAUGGAAAGAGAAAAUGAUCUCUUGAAGAAGGAGAACAGCAGAUUGCUGAGUUACAUGGGUCUGGAUCUUGACUCUCUGCCAUAUCAGGUGCCUAGUUCAGAUCCAGGAGGUGCUGGACAAAAGCCAGGUCUCGUAUAUGGAAACCCAUAUUCUGGUAUCCAAGAAAGUUCUGCCCCCAGCCUGCUCUCCAUCGAGAGUUGCCUCAUCUGCAACUCAGACUUUGCUGAUGGAAUCUGUGAUCAUACCUUGGAGCAGCAGCAAAGGCAGCCCCUUUGUUUGAAUUGUCCAGUCUGUGACAAGAUCUUCCCAGCAACAGAGAAGCAGAUCUUUGAAGAUCAUGUGUUCUGCCACUCUCUUUAAGUCCCACCCAGCCUGUUAGAUCUAUGCCAUACAUAGAUUUUAUAGAAUAGAACAUACAGCUUCUUCUUUGAGCUAUGAGUCAGGAUUCUGCCUGAUCUGAAAUCAUUAGGGUUUUACUUUGCCCUGCUGCCUGUAAAGGUGGAGUCAUAUCUGUUAUCAGCAGGAUGGUGUUCUGAGUUUCUACUUCCAUCCCUGUGUAUAACUCUGGCUUACAGCCUUUCACCUAUAGUGCUCAUUCUUCCUCAGGACUCCAGUAAAAAUAUCUCAGAAUGAAACUGACCUGUUCUUACAGGCCUGAGUUGACACUAAGUGAUUUGUCUUCCAAGUUUCCCCUUGCCAUUCAAGAUCAGGCCUUUUGGGUGAAUUUGUACUCAGUCUCCAGUCCAAACCCUGGGAGUGGAGACCAGGGAUUGAGAAUUUCUUCCUUUUCCUCUUUCCUAUUUCUUCAACUGGUUGCAUUAAAUUAGCCAAAAAUGGUACAUUAGAGAGUUCAGAAGAUUUCUGAUCUUAAUAUCUCAACUCCUAAAAGAAGCAUCUUAUUCAUGACUGGUGAUCAGGAUAUAUUUCAAAGAGCUGGAGGUGAAGUGCAAGGCCCUGAGUUCAAAUCCCAGUAUCACUAAAAAAGCUUUUCUCAUCUGGUGUGGUACAUGCCUUUAAUCCCAGCACUUUGGAGGCUGAGGCAGGAGUAUCGUAAGUUGAAGGCCAGUCUGGAUUACAUAAGGAAACCAUGUCUCAAGAAAGAAAGGAAAAAAAAGCCUUUUUGGCUAAAUACCUCUGGUCAGCAUUUUCUGCUCUUUCCUAUGCACAUAACUUUUCAUGGUGUCUUUCUUAAUGGCUACCUAGGGGUUAGAAACUGUGGGUUCAUAAAUUCCUGAACAGUCGAGUUUGAAUAUGGAUGUCAACUAUUAAUCUCUUUAAUAUUUAAAAUACUCUUCUUUCAGGGAAUUAGGUAAUUUAAAAUAAGCAUUUUAUUUUCUUUUAAGUUUAUAGAUUAAGCAAAAAUUUACAGAAAUGGCAACUCUACCACUGACAUCUCUUCACUUCUCUUAACUGUUAGGGCAGUUACGUUGAGGCGGGCAGGCAGGUAAUAACACAUCAGUUUGAGAAAUCUUGGUCUCUGCCUAUCUUGCAUUUCUGAAACGCAGUAUGGAUUUGGGUACCCUUUGUGAACUAAAUUCAAAGCCCUCUAUCUAGAUUUGCCUAAUUAAGAAAGCAGUUCCCCUUCAGGGACAGAACAAAUGGAAAUGACUCCCAGGCAGUCAAGCAGCUGGUCACUAGAGAGACUUUUACAAAAACUUAAAUGUGAAAGGUGAUGUCAUGAAUUAAGGCUGAGGGAACUAUGCCCUAGAAAAGGGAGUGUCUUAGUCACAGCUCCUUUCUUUGAUUUCUCCUUGCUGAAAUAAAGAUGAAACUAUAGCACUUUUGUAUCAUCAUUUCCGUUAGGUGUCUCUUGCAUUCAUAAGUCUUUUGUCCUUUUGAGAUCAGAUGUGAGGCUUGGGGUCUGGCUCAAGUGGUAGGGCACUUGCUUAGUAAACAUGAAGCCCUGAGUUCAAAUCCCGGUACUAAAAAACAAAUGUCAGAUGCAACCUGAACCCUAACUCUAGGGAUAUAACAGGGAGAUGGAAAGUUUCUCCAGCGUAUACCCUUACUGCAGAAUUUCUGGUGCUCCCCAGACAGUUAAGCGAUGAAUUGCAGUUUCAUUUACUUUGUCCUGUCGUCUCUUACGCACAUAAAUGGUAAGAAGCAGCGUGCAUAUGCUGCAAAUCGUGCAUCCAUGUUCUGGUGAAUUACCCACCCUUGGCCCUGCAACUCUGUGGGUCACCGCUGUCACUAUCACCAGCAGCCAGAGCUCUUCAGCAGGCUUUUUGAGAGACAGUUGAAGUGUUAAAUGAUCCUUUCUGCUGACCAUAAAAUAAAGCCUCUUUAACCACUGCUCCUUAUCCCCCAGCUGCUCUUACCAAGGCUGUGAAGAGAGACAUUAUGCCCUAGGCAGCUACUAGUAAUAAGCAGCCAUUCUUAACCAGGCUCCGUAGUACACGCCUAUAAUCCUAGCUACCCAGGAGGCAGCCCUGUCUCAAAAAGUGGUGGAGUGGCUCAGUGUAGGUGCUGAGUUCAAACCUCAUACCACCAAAAAAGUCAUUCUUACAUAGUCCACUGUCCCCUACCCACAUAUUUUAUACCUGUGAAAUAACUGAAAAAAGAAAUGCACAGAAGCA